AUGACUCACCGGCAGCGUCCUCCGUCGUCGCCGGAGCCUGACCUUUCUGAUGAAUCUCCCUACAACAUAAUCCCAAUCCACAAUUUACUAGCAGAUCAUCCGUCCCUCCGUUUCCCAGAAGUUCGUGCCGCCACAGCUGCUCUACUGGCUGUUGGCGACCUACGCAGACCGCCCUUCAUUCCAUGGCAACCUCACUACGACCUCCUCGACUGGCUUGGCGCCUUCUUUGGUUUCCAAUCGGACAACGUUUCAAAUCAGCGGGAACACCUCGUUCUCCACCUCGCCAACGCCCAGAUGCGGCUGCAGCCACCGCCGGAAAAUAUCGAUACUCUCGACCCCUCCGUGCUACGCCGCUUUCGCCGUAAGUUACUCAGCAACUACACACACUGGUGCUCCUUCCUCGGCCGUAAAUCCAACAUCUGGAUCUCUGACUCCCGCCGCCAAUUAUCCAACUCCGACCAACGCCGUGAGCUUCUGUAUGUUUCACUUUAUUUACUUAUUUGGGAUUACAUCGAUGAGAACACAGGUAGGCCUGUUUUGCCCGCAAUUUCUGGGGAAAACGCAUUCCUGAAUCGCGUUGUUAAACCAAUUUACGAUACUGUUAAGGCCGAGGUAGCGAACAGUAAGAACGGCACAGCACCACAUUCAGACUGGCGGAAUUACGAUGAUAUAAACGAGUACUUCUGGAGCAGAAGGUGUUUCGAGAAAUUGAAGUGGCCUAUAGAUAUCGGGAGCAAUUUCUUCGCAACAACAAGCAAAGGGAAGAGGGUAGGGAAAACAGGUUUCGUGGAGCAGAGAUCCUUUCUGAACCUGUUUAGAAGCUUCGAUAAGCUCUGGACCAUGUUGUUUCUGUUUCUACAAGCUGCCAUCAUCGUUUCCUGGAGAGAUCCAGACCAUACUCCAUGGAGGGCGUUAAAGAACAAAGACGCCCAAGCAAAAGUUCUAAGUCUGUUCAUAACUUGGAGCUGUUUGCGGUUCCUGAAAGCUCUUCUUGAUGCUGUGAUGCAGUAUAAACUCGUUUCCAGAGAGACUUACUGGCUUGGUGUAAGAAUGGUGUUGAAGAUCAUUACUUCUGUUAUCUGGAUCAUAAUCUUCGUGGUGUUCUACACCAGAAUCUGGAAUCAAAAGAAGGACGAUGGGCGUUGGUCAGCUGCAGCCAAUAAACGAGUGGUAACUUUCCUUGAAGUCGCGUUAGUGUUCAUCCUCCCUGAAAUUCUAGCUCUUCUUCUCUUCAUUCUUCCAUGGAUUCGCAACUUCAUUGAAAACACAAACUGGAGAAUCUUCUACCUCAUAACCUGGUGGUUCCAAAGUAGAACUUUUGUAGGCCGUGGUCUCCGUGAAGGUCUAGUAGACAACAUCAAGUAUUCUUUAUUCUGGAUCAUUGUUCUCGCCACAAAGUUCUGUUUCAGUUACUUUUUACAGAUCAAACCAAUGAUUAAACCCACUAAAGAUCUUCUAGACCUCACAGAUGUCACAUACGAAUGGCACCAAUUCUUUGGUAACAGCAACAGGUUUGCAGUAGGCCUUUUAUGGCUACCAGUUGUCUUAAUCUAUCUCAUGGACACACAAAUCUGGUACUCCAUUUACUCCUCCUUCGUGGGUGCUGCAGUUGGGCUUUUUAGUCAUCUGGGUGAGAUCCGAAAUGUCCAACAACUAAGAUUAAGGUUUCAAUUUUUCGCAAGUGCAAUGCAGUUCAAUCUUAUGCCUGAAGAACAGUUGUUGAACACAAGAGGGACUUUUCGGUCAAAGUUCAAAGACAUUAUCUACAGAUUGAAGCUAAGAUAUGGUCUUGGGAGACCAUUCAAGAAACUCGAAUCAAACCAAAUCGAAGCUCAUAAAUUUGCUUUGAUAUGGAAUGAAAUCAUCUUGACAUUUAGAGAAGAAGACAUUGUUAGUGAUCUUGAAGUCGAGCUUCUUGAAUUGCCUCAAAACACAUGGAACAUUAGAGUUGUACAAUGGCCAUGUUUGUUGCUGUGUAACGAGUUGCUUCUUGCUUUAAGCCAAGCAAAAGAGUUAGUUGAUGCUCCCGAUAGAUGGCUAUGGAAGAAAAUCGGGAAAAACGAAUACAGAAGAUGUUCAGUUAUUGAAACUUAUGAUAGCAUCAGACACAUGCUUCUAACAAUUUUACAAUACAACACACAAGAACACUCAAUCAUCACAACCCUAUUUCAAGAAAUUGAUAACUCAAUCAUCAUCGGAAAGUUCACCAAAACUUUCAACAUGUACGCCCUCCCUACAAUCCACACAAAGCUCAUCACCCUCGUUGACCUCCUGAUAAAGUCAAACAAAGAUGUCAACAAAAUAGUCAACACAUUACAAGCACUUUACGAGGUUGUGAUACGCGAUUUCUUUAAAGAAAAAAGAUCCAUGAAGGAGCUGGAAGAAGACGGUUUAGCCCCUCGUAUUCCACUUUCAGGUGAGGGUUUACUUUUUGAGAAUGCAGUUUCACUCCCCGAUCCAAAAAACGAAAGCUUUUACAGACAAACACGAAGACUCCACACGAUUUUGACUUCCCGUGACUCCAUGAACAACAUUCCCGUGAAUCUUGAAGCAAGAAGACGAAUCGCAUUCUUUAGCAACUCAUUGUUCAUGAACAUGCCACAUGCACCCCAAGUGGAGAAGAUGAUGGCUUUCAGUGUUUUGACACCUUACUACAAUGAGGAAGUGGUGUACAACAAAGAACAGCUUCGAACUGAAAAUGAAGAUGGGGUUUCCACUCUUUAUUAUCUUCAGACAAUUUACGCAGAUGAAUGGGUGAACUUUUUGCAACGGAUGCGUCGCGAAGGGAUGGUGACCGAAGAAGAGUUAUGGACAGAAAAGUUAAGAGAUUUGAGACUUUGGGCAUCUUACAGAGGGCAGACACUUGCCCGAACUGUUAGGGGUAUGAUGUAUUAUUAUCGGGCACUUAAAAUGUUGGCUUUUCUUGAUUCAGCUUCUGAAAUGGACAUUCGUGAAGGUGCAAAAGAAUUAAUUCCAAUGGGGGGUAGUGCCCGGGAUUUAACCCGGGCAGAUAGUCGGGUCAGUAUGAUGUUCAAAGGGCACGAAUAUGGAACAGCUUUAAUGAAGUAUACUUAUGUGGUUGCGUGUCAGAUAUACGGGACCCAAAAGGCGAAAAAGGACCCACAUGCUGAUGAGAUUCUGUAUUUGAUGAAAGAGCAUGAAGCGUUACGUGUGGCGUAUGUUGAUGAGGUGGCGACGCCUGGUGGGACGGAUUAUUUCUCUGUUUUAGUCAAGUUUGACCAAACUCUUGGAAAAGAAGUUGAAGUUUAUCGGGUCAAGUUACCGGGUCCGUUAAAACUCGGGGAAGGUAAACCCGAGAAUCAAAAUCACGCCCUGAUUUUCACCCGUGGAGAUGCUGUUCAAACCAUUGACAUGAAUCAAGAUAAUUACUUUGAAGAAGCUUUGAAAAUGAGGAAUCUGUUGGAAGAAUAUAAACAAAAAUACGGGAUCCGUAAACCGAAUAUCCUAGGAGUUCGCGAAAACAUCUUCACGGGGUCCGUUUCCUCGCUCGCGUGGUUCAUGUCAGCUCAAGAAACAAGUUUUGUGACUUUGGGUCAACGGGUCCUCGCUAACCCGUUGAAGAUCCGUUUACAUUACGGGCACCCGGAUGUAUUCGAUCGCUUCUGGUUCAUGACACGUGGCGGAAUCAGCAAAGCUUCAAGAUUGAUCAACUUAAGUGAAGACAUUUUCGCAGGGUUUAAUUGUACUUUAAGAGGCGGAAACGUAACCCACCAUGAGUAUAUUCAAGUAGGAAAAGGUCGCGAUGUGGGUUUAAAUCAAGUCUCCAUGUUUGAAGCCAAAGUUGCAAGUGGAAACGGGGAACAAGUUUUGAGUAGAGAUGUAUACAGAUUGGGUCAACGCCUUGACUUUUUCAGAAUGCUUUCUUUCUUCUACACCACAGUCGGAUUCUUCUUCAAUACAAUGAUGAUUUCUUUAACUGUAUACGCGUUCUUGUGGGGCCGAUUAUAUCUCGCAUUAAGCGGGGUUGAGAAUUCGGUUUCGGAAAACGCAAAUACAAAUAACGCGUUGGGGACGAUUUUAAACCAACAGUUUAUCGUCCAGCUUGGACUUUUCACAGCCUUACCAAUGAUUGUCGAAAAUACCCUCGAACACGGUUUUCUCGCAGCUAUUUGGGAUUUCAUCACAAUGCAGUUACAACUCUCAUCCGUUUUUUAUACGUUCUCGUUGGGCACGCGUUCGCAUUACUUCGGGCGGACGAUUCUACAUGGUGGAGCGAAAUAUCGGGCAACCGGGCGGGGGUUUGUCGUCCAACACAAAUCAUUCGCUGAAAAUUACCGAUUAUACGCGCGGAGUCAUUUCAUAAAAGCGAUCGAACUCGGUUUAAUCCUGACCGUUUAUGCUGCUUAUAGCCCCGUGGCUAAAGGAACCUUCACUUACAUCGCGUUAACCAUUUCAAGUUGGUUUCUCGUGGUUUCAUGGAUCAUGGCUCCGUUUGUGUUCAACCCAUCCGGAUUCGAUUGGUUGAAAACCGUGUACGAUUUCGAUGAUUUCAUGAACUGGAUUUGGUUUAAAGGAGGCGUGUUUGCAAAACCGGAAGAAAGCUGGGAACGAUGGUGGUAUGAAGAACAGGAUCAUUUAAGAACAACGGGUUUGCUCGGGAAAAUAUUCGAAAUCAUUUUGGAUCUUCGAUUCUUUUUCUUCCAAUACGGGAUUGUUUACCAAUUAGGGAUUGCAGCUGGAAGCAAAAGUGUUGCGGUUUAUAUUCUUUCGUGGAUUUACAUUGUUGUGGCUCUUGUGAUAUAUUCGGUGAUAAUGUAUGCGCGCGAUAAGUACUCUGCGAAAGAGCAUAUUUACUAUCGGCUUGUGCAGUUUCUUGUGAUUGUGAUUGGGAUUUUGAUAAUUAUCGCGUUGUUGGAGUUUACGAGUUUUCGGUUUCUUGAUAUUUUGACGAGUUUGUUGGCGUUUGUGCCUACUGGGUGGGGGUUUCUGUUGAUUGCUCAAGUGUUUAGGCCGAUUUUGGAGAAGAGUUUUAUAUGGGCGACUGUUGUGUCGGUUGCAAGGACUUAUGACACGAUGUUUGGGGUGGUUGUCUUGAUGCCUAGGGUUGAGGAUAUUUCAGAUUGUUGUUGGGAAGAAAUCCAAAAGUUGAAGUGUCAUUCGAGGGUUUGUUUGGUUGGGUAUAUGCGGGUAGAGUUUGUAGAGCGGAAGUGGUGGAGGUGUUUGUUAUAUAAACAGAGGUUUGUUGGAUGUGGGGGAUGAUAUGAUGGAAGGAGUAUAUAUAUACGAAAUAUAGAAGUGGAGACGAUGGUGUACAGGCUUGUUGAUUUUUUCAUUAGCAGCAUGUGAAAAAAGUCUACUUACUUGUGUAGUUAAAAUGAGAGAUGAUCACUAGACAAUAUUUUUGGUAAAUCUGAUUUGUUUAUUUGUGAAUUUUGUGUAUUUUCUGUUUAGUGAGAGGACUUGACGAUAUUUUUUUUGGACAGAUAGUUGUUUUGUCAACAACUUUGAGUAGAUUGGAGGCUAUUCUAUUUCUAUAUCUAAUUCUAUGUGUUUAAUUAAAUAUCGUGAUGACUUUUGCAGCAUUUAAGGAUUGGUUGGGUGCUUUGUUGUCAUAAUAAUUUCUAUCUUCAUAAAUCAAUUUUGUAUGAUAGUAAAUGCUUCCUGGACCAGGUGUCGUGGGGCAGGGAAAGUCGAGAUUUUUAGCUCAUAAAUUAAAUGCUUUCUUAAAAGGGGAAAAUGACGCAACGGCAAUGUAUUUUUGGUCACUGC